AGCCAGUCUCAGGUCUCCUUCUAUCAUCCAGCCUCCCUCGACCCCCCCAGCCAGCACCUCCAGCUCCAGGUCCUCCUCCCGGCCUGCCCGGCUCCUUAUCGGGCUCCAGAGACCAGCAGACAGCGGUGAGCGGGUCCAGGCCGGAGGACGGAGCAGCAGGAGCGGCGGGAGGCGGAGGGGAGGUGGGAGGCUGCUAUAAAGUCAAAGGGCUGCACAUGUGGGGACAGACUGCUGGAGGAGCGGAGGAGGACGGAGACCUGCUCAUCUAUCACCUCUGAAGGAUUACUCACACUUUACCCACUGUUUGGCUUCACAAGAACCCGCGAAAAAUGGAUUUAUACGUUUUUAUUUCCGUGUUAUCGGCGAUGUUCUCCUGGAUUUCCUGCACAGCUCUACCGGCUCCGGUCACAGACGCACCGACCGCCUCCACCGGCAGCCUGCGGCCCCGUGUGCGGAACAAGCGCUGCUCCUGCGCAACUUUCCUGGACAAGGAGUGCGUGUACUUCUGCCACCUGGACAUUAUAUGGGUCAACACACCUGAGCGCGUGGUCUCCUACGGACUGGGCAACGCGCCGCGGACGAGGCGCGCACUCGUGGACUCCAUGGCAACCAGCGGAGCUCCGCGCUGCCGGUGUCUGCGGGAGAACGACGCCACAUGCGGGAGUUUCUGCGGGAAUCGAAACCUGCGCAGGUAUGAUUCCACGGAGAUCCGAUCCCCGGAGGGCAGACAGCAGCCGGCAGCAGACAGCAUCAGGAGGCUGGCUGGUAACCAGGUGUCGCCGGUAGCGCUGAGGGCCGCCCUGAAAACCCGUCUGCUGCUGGAGAAGUGGAGGGCGAGACAACGGCGACGAGUCAGAGCCUGGGAGGGCCACGGCUCGGCCUCCUAGACCAGAAGGACGCCUCCACGCCUUCUCACAGGAAGGUCCUAGAAACACCAGCCAGAGGGGGUCCUGAAGGCACUGCAGAGUCCACCAGAGUCCACCUGAGUCCACCUGAGUCCACCUGAGGCCACCAGAGUCCACCAGAGGCCUACUAACCUCCACGUCUGCAGCGGAGCUUUCACAACUCGACCGGCUGCACUUCAAAAGAGAUCCGGGACAAUCUGAGGAGAUAAGCUGAGCAGAGGACUCGGCCACAGUCUGCUAAACCAAGGACACUCACUGACUCUCCUCUGGACUCUAGAAAACACCAAACACCAUUUCAGAACCUUGAGGGGAUUUCACUGAGCGUAAAUCCCCUCCGUCUGUGGAAGAGGCUGUUCUAAAGGGAUGGUGUUCCUCAUAUCGUGGCUUCUCUCCACGAUCUUCAUCGACUGAAACUGUUUUACUGCAUUUACACAAACGACAGGUCGUCUCCUGUCUGCCAGCUGCUGGGAGUUUUUCCUCACUGAUCACAGAUUUCUGAGCAUUUAUCCUAAUUUAUGUUUUCACUGUCGUGCUCUAUUUAUUUAUUCUUGUUACAGGUGAAUGUAAUUUCAAGGCCGUAUUGGUCCGUGUCAUUUCUGUGAAAUGGUUUUUCCACUAAGCUGCCAUAAUGUGGCCAAACUGUAAUAAAUUUUUACACUUAUUUAAACCUGA